GCCCCAAAGCCGGGUUCUGUUGGCUGUGUCGUUCCACUUCCUCGCUACACGAGCGCACGUGGGGUUUUGGGCAGCACAUUUGUCCGCGGAGUGGCCGUGGAGUGCAAAUACACUGACACCCUGUUCUCCAGCCUGGGAUGAAUCGCUUUCUGCUGCCGGUGUCCGUAGUGGGCACGGUAAUCGGCGGCACCGUGCUGCUCAAGGACUAUGUCGCUGGUGGGGCUUGUCCCAGCAAGGCCACCAUACCUGGGAGGACUGUUAUCGUGACAGGAGCCAACACAGGCAUCGGGAAACAAACUGCUUUGGAGCUGGCUAAAAGAGGAGGCAACAUCAUUCUGGCCUGCCGUGACAUGGAGAAGUGUGAGGCAGCUGCAAAGGACAUUCGAGGAGAGACCUUGAAUCCCCGUGUGCGUGCCGAGCACCUAGACUUGGCUUCCCUCAAGUCCAUCCGAGAGUUUGCAGGGAAGAUCAUUAAAGAGGAGGAGCGAGUGGACAUUCUGGUCAACAAUGCAGCCGUGAUGCGGUGCCCACACUGGACCACCGAGGAUGGCUUUGAGAUGCAGUUUGGUGUCAACCACUUGGGGCAUUUUCUAUUGACAAAUUUGCUGUUGGACAAGUUGAAGGCCUCGGCCCCAUCACGCAUCAUCAAUCUCUCCUCUCUGGCUCAUGUUGCUGGGCACAUAGACUUCGAGGACUUGAACUGGCAGAUGAAAAAGUAUGACACCAAGGCAGCUUACUGCCAGAGCAAGUUGGCUGUUGUCCUCUUCACCAAGGAGCUGAGUCGCCGGCUGCAAGGCACUGGUGUGACUGUCAAUGCGCUGCACCCUGGUGUGGCCAGGACGGAGCUGGGGCGACAUACAGGCAUGCACAACUCUGCUUUCUCUGGCUUCAUGCUUGGGCCCUUCUUCUGGCUGCUGUUCAAGAGUCCCCAGCUGGCGGCCCAGCCCAGCACAUACCUGGCUGUGGCAGAGGAACUGGAGAGUGUCUCUGGGAAGUACUUUGAUGGACUCAGAGAGAAGGCUCCAUCUCCUGAGGCUGAAGAUGAGGAAGUAGCCCGGAGGCUUUGGACCGAAAGUGCCCAUUUGGUGGGCUUGGACAUGGCUCAUGGGUCCUCUGGGAGAGGACGUUCUAUCUCCAGAUAACCUUCAGAAAUCCAGAUGGAGCCUCAUCAUCCUCUAGGGGCAGUGUUGCACUGUUGG